CAGAUGCGGGCAAUGCUGGACCAGCUGAUGGGAACGUCCCGAAAUGGCGAAACCAACCGUUUUUCCACAAAAUUCUACGACAACAAAGUAUGUAAGAGUUUUUUGUUAGGCUGCUGUCCACAUGAAAUUCUCGCUUCAACGACACGUCGCUACUUCUAAUCAUUUAAGUUGUUCUUCCACUUGAUAAAAGAAUUGACAAAAAAUGUAGCGCCGGUGAUGUGUUAAUUUGGCCCCUAAGUAUCAUUUAGGCGCUGGUUCCGAUGAUCGUAAGUACCUUCCUAACCGAGAGACUGUGAUCAUCAUAAAAAAGCGUUUUGUAUUACCUUUCAAGCAGGAUUUUGUUUGAUUAAGUUUUGAUAGGAGAGACAAUGAAAUGAACGAGUAUCCUCGUCCUGAAAAUCCUAAGGGAAACGCAUCGGAGAGCGAAAUUACCGGAUGGAUUUGGGCGAAUGUCCAAAGGUGCACGAUCUUGCCCUCCGAGCCGAUUUCGAGAACGCUUCAAAGAAAAAGGAUUACUACUAUGAUGUCGACGCAAUGGAACACCUGCAGGCCUUCAUUGCCGAUUGUGAUCGACGGACUGAAGCGGCGAAAAAACGGCUAGCCGAGACACAGGAGGAACUGACCGCCGAGGUGGGAGCGAAAGCCAACGCGGUUCACGAGCUGGCGGAGGAAAUUGGUAAGAAACUUGCGAAAGCUGAAGCUUUAGGUGAGGCAGGACAGGUCGAGGAAAGUAUGAAGUUGAUGUCCGAGAUCGAUGAGCUGCGAGCGAAGAAGACCAAGGCCGAACAGGAGUAUCGGAGUGCUAUACCGGCUAGUAGCUACCAGCAACAGAAACUGCGUGUUUGCGAGGUUUGUUCGGCGUACCUUGGCAUCCACGACAACGAUGUCCGAUUGGCGGAUCAUUUUGGUGGUAAGCUGCAUUUGGGUUUCUUGGCGAUUCGUGAGAAGUUGAUAGAGCUGGAGAAAACGGCUGCUCCGAGACAGAAAGAGCUUAGGAAAAGUGGACGUCGCGAUGCCGACUUUGAGGAGGGUCGCGGUCGGUCGCGGUUUGUCGGUGGACGUGAGCUGGACAGGCGGUCGCGGGCUUUAGUUCGCAGCAAGGAUCGCGAACGUCGAGAUGAUCGCACCGAACGCAAACGCUCCUCGGAACGUUCGGAUCGGCGUCGCUCGAAAAGUCGUGAUCGACGUUCGCGAAGCCGCGAUCGCCAAUCGGACAACAAUAAGGAUCGGGAUCGGGAACGUCACGAGCGCAAUCGUGAUCGCGGUGAUCGUGACCGAGACCGUGACCGCGAUCGCGAUCACAGGGAUCGUCGUCGCCGUUCGCAUUCUCGGGAAAGAUCAAGACGGUAAGCAUUGCCAGCUCGGGAGCAAUCGAACCAUUGUCACUUUUCGCAUACAUAGAAAUCAAGUUUUGGAGACAACGACGACCACAGGAAAAACGGGGAUCGAUCAAACAUACAACUAUUUCGGACAGCUGACAGAGUUUAAACCGUAAGCAAUAUCUUUUCGAAUCGCUAUCACACAAUGCUCGUACGAUUUGUUCAUUUUCUUUUUUCUUUAAUUGAGAGUAGUGAAUCAUAAAAAAAAGUUUCAUUUAUGGUGAAAUCGAAACGGAUCAUAGAAAAGUAUGAUCUUGAAAAGUUAACAGCAACAAAUAAAUUGACAUUAACGAUAAUGAAUACAAAACGUCAUUUGCUGAAUGAGGUGCAUUUAGAGACGCAAAUUGUGCGAAUUUGAAACUUUCAUUGAUUGAAACAAAAUAUCAAUACAAUUGGCCGAGAUUAGAUUUUUCUCCUACAUCAUACAUCAGUGUCAUAAAAAGUGUUUCUCAUGGCGCGUCGGUGUUUUCUAUCAGGAUUGGGAUUCAACGAUCGGUAAGAACCUUUUUCUAAUUUUUCAUAAGUCAGAGCGGUCUUUGCUCUGAUAGAGUUCAUUUUUCCAGUUGCAAAUCUUUUGCAAUUAUUUCUUUUUGUGGAGUAAUCGUGCAACUAAUAUUGAUAGAAAUAAUAUUUUAUUCUUUAAUAAUAUUUAAUAUAUACAAACACACACCCAACUCGCUGAACGAACGUGUUUAGUUUCUAAGGGUAGAGCUAUUAAAUAUUACAAUUAUUAAAUAGAUGUGUAUUGUAAAGAUGGAAGGAAUGAAACAAUAAAGCAUUUUAUUUGCA